GCUAUCAGAACCCGGAACAGAUUUUUGAAGUUUGAGUUGAUUGAUUUUCGCGUAGACUGACCAGAGUCCGCGAGUUUCGUAGCUCAGUUCUAUUAAUUCCAUUUAAUUGGUUAAUAAUUUAUCAUGCCUGAAAGUUACAGCUUCGGCGUCGACCCGAUUUCAUGCCAUUCUUGGAAUAAGGAAAGGAAUCAAAUUGCCAUUUCUUUGAACUCCAAUGAAGUUGAAAUUCAUGGAUUCUCUGGAGGAAGAUGGACACUGAAGGAAACUUUGACUGACCAUGCUCAGAGGAUUACCGGUAUAGAUUGGUCUCCCAAGAGCAAUCAGAUUGUCACCUGUGCUGCUGAUCGUAAUGCCCAUGUCUGGACACUGACAGAUGGCAAGUGGAAGCCAGCCCUGGUGGUUCUUGGAAUAACAAGGGCAGCCACGUGUGUCAAGUGGUCACCUGAGGGAAAUAAAUUUGCAGUUGGUAGUGGCAAUAGAUCUGUGUCUGUUUGCUACUUUGAUUCCAUGAACGAUUGGUGGACCAAUAAGAAGAUCAAGAAGCCAAUCAGAUCUACAAUUACUUGCUUGGAUUGGCACAAGAAUAACCAGCUGUUGGCUUGUGGAUCAACUGAUUUUAAAGCCAGAGUGUACAGUGCAUCGAUGAAAGAGGUGAAUGAGUCACCAUCACCAACAAGUUGGGGUAGCAAGUUGACAUUUGCCAAUCUUUUGGCUGAAUUUCCAACUGAGGGAGGUGGCUGGAUUCAUGGGAUAAGUUUCUCAGGAUCUGGUGAUAAACUGGCCUGGGUAGGACAUGAUUCUUCCAUCUGUGUUGCUGAUUCUGCCAAAGGAAACUUACUGACCAUUGUGAAGACUGAGUACCUACCAUUUGUUGACAUAACCUGGACCAGUGAGACUGCCCUGGUUGUUGCUGGCUAUGAUUGUGUUCCUCUCAGUUACACAUACAACAAUGGAGCCAUCACCUUUAAAGCCAAGAUUGAUGCUGACAACAAGCAGACUGAAACCAAGAAGGGAGGAGCCAUGGCACACUUCCGUACUCAAGAUACCAGAGGUACAACUGACAAUUCAGACACAACUCUCAACUCCAUUCACCAAAAUACUAUAACCCAGAUAAGCAUCCAUUCGGGAACGAAGGACAAGUGUGCUAAGUUCAGUACAACCGCUGCUGACGGCCAGCUGGUCAUCUGGGAUUGCAAGUGAAAAGAGGUUUCUUGCAUUUAGAAAAAAGAAAACAAACGAAAUGACUACGAAGCAGCUGGCUACAGUCAUCGUUAAAUGAAAAUCAAUAAUGUGAACAUUUGAACUUUGAAUAAUUUAUUUAGACAAAUUUUCGUUGGUUAUGUGUGUCUAUAUUCAAUUAUAAGAUACGAAUUUAUAAAUAGAAAGUUGUCCCAAACGCAGGAUUGUCGUACGCAUUUAUAUAGCUGAAGCAAAAAGCCUGUGAAAAUAAAAAAAUAUUUUUAUUAAC